AUGAAUGCACGCGAAUUGUAUGCAUCUCUGCCCAAGGCGCUAUCCGUGGAAACGAUUAUCACGAGAUUCCAGGAUCUUCUGAAGCGUAUCCCUCCGGAGGCACAGGCGGAGUACUUCAAAUACCUUUUCCCUAAAGGUCAGACGAGAGCUGUAUAUAUCAGGCUACAUGCGUUGCGAAGUGAGAUGGAACGGGAGGGAUACUGGAACCACCAAAACUUCCAGGAUCCUCCUUCCUGUCCAUUUACUCCUAUCGAUCCUGGUUCGAGCCGAAUGACAGCACUUGUUGCUGCCCUAAUUCGAGCCUCCAUUGUCACUCCUAGCCCAGCUUCAACCCCCCGGGUCUCAUCACCCUUGAGGCGCAACGCGAUGUUACCCGAGCCUUCGCCCAAGGAAGACCCGGAAAGCGGCGCACCGGCGAAAACGACUCGCGGAGGUGAAGACAGACCGGUUGCUAGAUCUUCCUGUGGUGACGCUGGCCCCCAAGUACCACCCAUCUUCACCACCACGCCCACGGUCGAUCCGGAUGCGGUCUAG